AUGGCUCGUCUUGCUGCUCCAAAAGGCCAACCUCUCCGCCCCGUGCAGCCAACGGCCAACUACGUCAACCAAAUAUCGCACCUCUUGUCUACAUUCUCAACGUCCGCAGCCACUCUCUAUGCCAAGCUGAGGGACUUCGAGAACUCGGUCGUCCAAGUUCUUGCCCACGCCGACCCCGUCGCAAUCAGAUCUGCAUUGCCAUACCCCUGUGCCCUUCGUCUUGUUCAGCUGCUGCCGCAAGACCUUUUCGUUAUCGACAAGAAGUCUUCACCCAAGUUGCAGAAGGCCGCAUCCUCGUGGGGCAUCCAUCCCACCGUCAUCCUGUUUCAAAUCGGCUACGACUACGCCUCGCACAGCAACAAGUUCUUCGCAGCUCUUGUGACGCUCGCCAAUCAUCCACUUGGCUGGAACCACUGCAUCCGCCUGCUCGAGGCUCGCUCAAGCACAAGGCAUACCGGAGCAAGCAAGUCCAAGAAGGAUCUUGCCUUAGCCAGGUUCAAGGGUAUCAGCUUGAAUGACGUGACGAGUGUGCUCGACGACACACAACAGGACGAGCCAGAGGUGCCCAGGUCUGCGCACGGCACCACUCAAGAGUCAGAGCUGCCCAAAUCACCUGCGUCUCUUUUUGUGUCUUCUUCUUCUUCAAGCCCCCAAGCCGCGUCCCAUUCGCUUGCCUCGGAAUCCAACCUGAAGCUCCGAACACCCACCUCCGACCAGACUACCUUCGACAAGACUAUUGACGCUGAACACAAGCCCCGGCGUACCAGUCAGACAGCCGUUACUCGAGACUCGGAUCUCUUCGAAGCAAACGACGGUCAGUCAGAACCAGAGCCUAGCCUUUGGAACAGUCCUUCGUUCCAUCGGUUUUCAAGCGGCGUACCUGACGACGCAACCACAGUGGACGCUGAAGCAUUUCCCGAGCCCGAACCGCACCAAAUUUCCUUUCAAGGCACUGAGGAUUCUACCUACACACCAUCCGUUGCAGCUUCGACAAACGAUCCGGAACCAGACUUCGCAGUCGUCCCGGUGACUCCAUCCGUUGCACCUGCGUCCAGCGGUCCUACAACAGACAUCGAAGAGGUUGCGCCUAGCCCAGCAGAGUCGCAUCGAACCUCAUUCUACCGCGACGAAGAGUCUCCUUUGAUACCAUCAGAGGCAACUCCAGUCAAAGAUCGUACGCCAGAGAUUGCAGUCCUUCCGCUCGCACCAUCGGUUGCAACUCCUUUGAGCGACCCCUCCACAGACGUUCAGGUCAUUGCCUCUAGCCCGUUGCCGUCAGACCCCGUGUCCAGCGACGAGUCCACGAUCCUCCCGCCCAUGAUGAUUCCAGAUCCAGAUCCCAAGCGACAGCGACUGGAUGCCAUUCCCCCGGGCGAAGAUGCUUUCAAGGAGAUGCUUCAAACCAGAACGUGGAUCAAAGACGAUUGGGUCAACGCCGCACUCGCGAGAGUUACCGAUUUGUCGUCGGAAACAUACCUUGUUGAUUCUUGGGUUGCAAAGUCAGUCAUGCGAGACGAUUACAAGCCCUUUCGAGAGAUAGGUCGCCGCCUCUGCCAAACCAGACGAGUCCUCAUGGUAAUCAACGUGAACCUCGAGCACUGGGUCCUCGCAACCAUCCACCAUGAUGGCCCGGCUGCUAACAAGGUUGAACUUCUGGAUUCCCUCCCCAGCAAGAAGAAUCUGGCCCAUGCGCAGACCACAGUAUCUGGUUUCAUUCGGCACUACCUGCCGGAAACCUCCGCCAGGGCGAGCCGCGUCACGACCCGCCUGUGUCAUCGUCAGGACAACAACACAGACUGUGGAGUGUUCGUGUUCGCCUUCGGGAUGUUUGCUACAGCCGACCAGCCCCUCCCGAGCUGCAUCGACUGCCCUUUCUAG